AGUCGCAACUUUCAGGACUCUGGCUGCAGCUGGACUGAAACCUCUCUGAUUUAUAAUGAUCGCAUAUUUUCUAUACACCGCUCUUGCGGGUUUGGCGCUUUUGCCAUUAUUUCUUUUCUUGCGAAACCCUUACUUUUUACAAGACUUGAGUUAUUUAAUUACUUCACUUAAAAUCUACCGCAUCCUGAACAAAAUCAGGAAGCAGAAACCCUUUCACAGUAUUCUGGAUCGUUUUCUGGAACAAGUGAAGAAGCAGCCGCACAAGAAGUUCAUACUUUUCGAGGACAGCUCGUUCACUUACAGCCAAGCCGACAAGGAGAGCAACCGAGUGGCCCGAGCUUUGUCCUCACAGGUCCAGCUGAAGGAGGGGGACACGGUGGCCCUCUUCUUGGGAAACGAGCCGCAGUUUGUGUGGACCUGGCUCGCGCUGGCCAAACUGGGAUGCACAGCUUCUUUACUGAACUACAACAUCAGAUCCAAGUCUCUGCUGCACUGCUUCUCCUGCUGUGAAGCCAAAGUCCUGGUCGCUGGUGCCGAGUUGCGAGAGGCUGUAGAGGAGGUGCUGCCCACCUUGAAGCAGCAGGGCGUCAGUGUGUUCAUCUUCAGUGAGGACUGUGAUGUGGAGGGUAUUGAAAGCCUCUCUGACAAAAUUCAGCAGGCCUCAGACGAGCCUCUGCCCCCUCAGCUGAGGGCCAAUGUCGGCAUUAAGAGUCCUGCGCUGUACAUCUACACCUCAGGAACCACAGGGCUUCCCAAGGCAGCUAUUAUUAACCACGAGAGGAUGUGGAUGGCAGGUUUUCUUCAGUCUGUCGCUGGCGUACGCUCCGACGAUAUCAUCUACGUGUACCUGCCUCUUUACCACUCUGCCGGCUUUCUAAUGGGACUUUGUGGAGCCAUAGAAAAAGGCAUCACUGUUGUUUUAAGACGUAAAUUCUCUGCAUCCCACUUCUGGAAUGACUGUCGAAAGUACAAUGUGACUGUCAUUCAGUACAUUGGAGAAAUCAUGCGCUACCUCUGCAACACACCAAAGAGGGACAAUGACAGAGAUCAUAAAGUCAGAGUGGCUGUUGGAAACGGGAUAAGGGCCGACACCUGGACUGAUUUCCUCCAGCGAUUUGGGGACAUUCGUAUCUGUGAAUGCUAUGGAGCAACAGAAGGAAAUAUAGGUUUUGUCAACUACUGCGGCAAAGUUGGAGCUAUUGGCAAAGAGCAUUUUCUACACAAAAUGGGAUAUUCAUAUGCCCUCAUAAGGUACGACACAGAGAAAGAGGAGCCAGUCAGAGACUCCAGAGGAUUCUGUAUUAAAGUCCCCAGAGGAGAGACCGGUCUGUUGGUGGCAGAAAUCAGCAAGAGAACACCUUUCAGCGGCUACGCCAAGAACAUCAAUCAGACAGAGAAGAAGAAGCUGAGAGAUGUGUUUGUAAAGGGAGACCUCUACUUUAACAGUGGCGACCUUCUAAAGAUUGACAGUGAGGGAUUCGUCUACUUCCAGGACCGCAUCGGAGACACUUUCAGGUGGAAAGGAGAAAAUGUGGCAACCACAGAGGUGGCCGAUCAUUUGCUCAUGGUGGACUGCAUUGAGGAGGCUAAUGUCUAUGGUGUGAAGGUGCCAGGUCAUGAGGGAAGAAUUGGUAUGGCAGCGCUGAAGCUCAAAGAAAACAUGGACUUUGAUGGCACAGCUACAUAUCAGCAUGUCAAAAACUACCUUCCGAGCUAUGCAAGGCCGCGCUUCAUUCGCAUACAGGACGCACUGGUAGUAACUGGGACAUUUAAGCAGAUGAAGGUAAAGCUGGCGGAGGAGGGCUUCAACCCGGCUGACGUCACGGACCCUCUGUUCUACCUGGAGGACAACAAAGGCUACGUACCCAUGACCCAGGAGAUAUUUAACUCCAUCACAGAGGGAAGACUCAGGCUCUGAAUGUGUUCAGUGUUUAUUUUUGGAUUUUCAUCCUCAAAAUUGUACAUUUGAUUUUUAGGUUUUAUGUUUUUUGGAUUUAGUGGCAUCUAGUUGUGAGGUUACAGUUUUCAACUAACUGAAUACCUCCGCUCACCCCUCCCUUUUGAAGAGCGUAGGACAGUAUUUCCCAAACCUCUCCUUGAGUACCACCUGUCCUGCAUGUUUUAGAUCUCUCCUUGACUUAACACAACUAAUUCAAAUGAUCAACUCGUCAUGAUCUUCUGAAGCUGAUCCUGCUGCUCCUUUAAUUGAUAAAGGAUGCCAAUAAAUGACAAAUGGCCUGCACAUUUCAUAAGCUACCUGUGGAAUAUAUUAUGUUCUGAAAUAUUUCAAAGGAUAUAAUUUUG